GCAGGGUGGAGAGAAGGAGGAAAUUCUUGACAGAGGAUUUAUGGUUGCAAAUAAAGAGAAAAUAUAUAUUUUCAAGCUUUGAAGGGUUUAAUGGUUGCUGAAGCCAUUUCUUAGAGGAAUAAGGAAUUUGGAUCCAUUAUGAACAUCACCACUGCUAGCCCCUUCCAGCAGACCUCUUCUUCUGGCUCCACACUCCUUCCCAUUAGCAUCUCUGCUCGCAUUGGCAUUGCCAUCCUGAUUCUGGCGUUCGUGCUGGGCUUCCUUGGGAACAUGUUUGUCAUUUGGUCGGUGCUCUGCAGGGUGAAGAAGCGCUCAGUGACGUGCCUGUUGGUGCUGAAUCUGGCUGUGGCUGACGGCUUCGUGCUGCUCAGUGCCCCCUUGUUCCUUCGGUUCCUGGCAGGAGGGAAGGGCUGGGAGUUUGGCUCCGCUGCAUGUAAACUGGUGCAUUACCUGUCCAGUGUGAACAUGUAUGUGUCCAUUUACCUCAUUAGUCUGAUGAGCAUGGACCGCUGGCUGGCUGUUACUAAACCCUUUGUGUCCCAGAGAAUGAGAACCAAGCAGUCCCUGCUGUUUCUUCUGCUUGGUGUCUGGGUAUUGGCUUUUGUCCUGUCCAUACCAAUGGCUUUCUACCGCAGCAACAUCAAGAUCAUGAAAAACAACGUCAGUCUGAACAUUUGCAUCCCAUACCACUGGAAGAGUGUGGGUCACCGAGUUUUCCAGUACCUAUUUGAGACCAUCAUGGGCUGCUUGGUUCCCUUCUCCCUCAUCAGCACCUGUUACUCAUCCGUCAUAUGCAGACUGCAAAGUGCAAAGUUUCAGCGCAGAGGACAAGGCAGUCGUCUGAUCUUGCUGAUCAUCAUUACCUUUGCUAUAUUCUGGCUGCCCUAUCACAUCAUCAACAUCAUCGAGGUUGCCUGUUUAUUCAAAAGCAAUGAUUCAGGAACCAGCUGCACUCCAAGUGCCCGGCCAAACGUCACAGCCUUCGCCUACUUCAGCAGUGCGGUCAACCCCAUCCUCUACGUUUUUGCCGGCAGCUCGCACAUCCGCCAAGCGGGGCUCAGCUUCAUGGGGAGACUCUUUGAGGCCACCAACUCUGAGUCCAGAACCACGUCCACUUUCACCCGCAGUGGCCGCAGCGGUUCUUCACCAGACGAGAGCUCUGUCCUGCACACGCUAUCGAUUAAAAUUGGGAGACCUUUUAAAGGAAAGAGCAAUGAGAGAAGCUGCAGUGUGGCGGAGGCCAACGAGCCAGAGCUCAAAACUCUUGCCACUGUGGAACAGGUAGAAUAG